AUGCAUGGUAGCACACGAAGUCAUGCAAUGCGCGAGUAUUGGAGGCGUAGGCGAAGAAACGAACAGCAAUCAGCGUCUACUUCCUCCCACGAUUCCGCCGUCAAAGUAGCCAGACAGGACAUUCCUCGUGGUAUUCCAGGACAAAUCCUUGCUGGCAUGGAUCGUCUACUCGCAUGUGGCCGCCUGGACCCAUUCGAUUCAUUUCCUGUGCAGCUUACUCCGGAGCAUCAUAAGCUGAUACAUCAUUGCGUGGCAGUGCACAACUUCCCACGGCCGCUCUACUCAAGGCUUAGCACUUACGCCGGUAUGGUCUUCGGAGCACACCCUACAGACUCGUUCAAUCCUAUGAUUGACGUAUGGUUUCCGUUAGACUUGUCGAAUGCUGCAUCUUUCAAUGCAAUCAUGGCACAUGCGGCAGCCCAUCUCAAUAUGAUGCAGGGGAAGAAACGCUCAACUGAAGCGUUGCGGUUUAAGAAUGAGGCUAUUCGUAUCAUCAGCGACUGGAUGACAGCAUCUUCUGGAUGUCCAAACGAUGAGGUGUUUGCUGCUGUUGUUAGACUGUUGACGUUCGAGAGAUAUUGGGGGGUGGAACACGAGUGGACAGUGCAUCGUCAAGGCCUAGCAAGUAUGACACAAGCUCGAGGUGGCAUCGCUGCGCUGAAAGACAAUUGGAGACUUCAGCUUGUCGUUUAUCUUAUAUCACUCAUGUCCAAACCGUCUUGGUUCGACAGUUCCAAUGAAACCGGCAUCGUAUCAUUGGCAACAAAUUCAACCCCUCUCAUAGGGAGCACCGAAAAUUUGCAUCGAUUACGAUGUCUUUGGCUGUUGUCUUUCGUUCAAGACAUGACAAAUUUUACGAAAAGGCUCCACAUGGUUUCUCCCAAAGGGUUGACACCCCUGAAGAGUGUGGAACGUAGCGUGCAACUUCUACAAAAGUCCAUGUUAGUUUUCAAUGUAUGUUUGGAUGAAAUUCAGCAAGGUGACCUCGCUGCCAAACAGCUUCAAUGUUUAUUUUUCAUAUGCGUGCUGUUGCAAGACAAUCGACAUACUACAGUCGAGGCCAACCUAUCAAGUUCAAACAAGCAUACAUCACGUCUCACCCAAUCAGUUCCUCUCAUAGAACGACUUGAUAUAUUCCUGGAAGAACAUCAGAUCUACUGGGAGCAAUCGGUUGUGCAUCUCCAUCAAUUGCUAUUCGACAAUUAUGUUGACGCCGACCUGGCCAAAAUAGCCGAUUAUGCGAUGCAUAUGACCGAAGUACUUCUCGCAUUAAGUACAGAGGCGCGUUAUGGGGUUCAGGUGUGUUUGGUGAACAUAUUAUUAAGAGACAAUAUUGAGGGCAGAGAUGACUCAUUAUACGGUGACGAAACUCCAGACUCUUUAUUAUCAUCUUUACAUAGAUGGUAAUACGGAGAAUUUCUCAAUUGAUAUAAAUUUAGUCGAUCAUUGCACAACCUAGUGACUGGGCUGGGUAACUUGGGUUUCGAAGCUUAGCCGCGGGAGAGUUGAAAAGACAAAGUGGCAUCAUUAUCGGCACUACUAAUGCUUUAACUACGGUUGGCGGCAACAAGACGGUUGAACCGUGACGAGGUCACGAUAUUACAUGCCCUAUACAUAUCUCUUCUUAUGUUGAUGCAAUGAAUCCAACAC